UAAAAUUUGUUUUAUAUUUGAUUGGCGUUCUUUCGAAUUUUCUUUGCCGAAAAGAUUAGUUUAUAAAUUAAACCUAUUUGUAAUUGCUUAAUGCUUCAUUGAUUGUUCUGUUCAUCUUAAGGUUAUUUUAAACAUCUAACUGGUUUUUGAUAAUAAAAAUGCCUAGAUUGUCUAGAUUAACUUGUGCUGUGGAGGAUUGCGAGUUUAGUACAUAUGAUAGAACAAUAAAUGAAUUACGCAGAGUUCAGUUUUUUGCAUUACCAUCUGGAUUCUCUAACAGAGAUCGUAGGUCGAAGUGGAUUAAAUGGCUCAGUGAUAUCAACGGUGAAAAUUGGGAGGUAUGUAAGUAUUCACAUGUGUGCUCUCUACACUUUAUUGGUGGGAAACCUUCAAACAUGCUUUUACAUCCUGCAUAUGCUCCAUCAAUAAAGACUCGAGAUGAUUAUACACCAUUAGAAGAGAAGAUUGCCUUAGCAGAGUUUGAAAUAUAUAAAAAGCAAAAAAUAGCAAAUAUGAAGAAGCGAUACAAUAUGCUAAGCCUUAAUCCAAAUAAAGUUACUGGAAUUAAUCAUUGUGCAUCUCAAAACAGUUGUGCAGUAAUCCAAAAAGAUGUUGGUGUUCAAGUUUGGCAUGAAGAUAUAUCAAAACAAGACAAAUCCUUUUUAUUUGUAUGUAAUAGUUUUAUCGAUAAUAAUAAAAACCAUGCAGAGAUUCAAGUUUAUAUUCCAGAAGGGACCGGAAGUAUGCGAUUAGUAAGAUAUAAAAAAGCCAAAAAUAAGUGUUGUGGAACUGAAGUCAAAUUUGCAAAUAAAUCUGUUGAGUGCACUGCUUCGACAUUGCUAUCAGUUAGCAGAUGGUUAUAUGAAAUUGAUAAGCUAGAACAAGAAUCUAAUGAUAGAUAGUUAUUUUACUUGUGAAUGAUCCUAGUUAACACUUUGAAUUUAAGCUAAUGGUUAAUGUCUGAGUAUUUAUAAAUCGAGGCAUGUAGGGUGAUAAAAAUGAAAAAUUAUCUAAUAGGAAGAAAAUAACUAGUGGUACGUGGCAACAUGCCAAAAAAUUAAAGCGCUUUUUGACCCAAGCUGCAAGCUCUAUAAAAUUUUAAACUAAAUAUUUUAAUAUUUAUUUUAAGAAUAUGUAUUAUAAGAAUAAAAAAAAUAAAUGAAGCCCUCUUCAACAUGGGCACUAAGGAAAGCGGUACAUUUAUCACCAUGCAGCAAGCAUAAGAAAUACAUAUAUUUAUUUUAUGGUACACUAUAUGUACCAAAUGUACAUAAGUAUUCACUAUAUGUAGUAUAUGUACAUUGCACGUACCAGGAAGCCUGUGAGAGUU